GCAAGUAUCAUUUGGAGUACGACCUAACCAGAACCAAUAUGUUUAGAAAUCAAUAUGAUGGAGAUGCAACUACCUGGAGUCCUCAAGGAAGACUUCAUCAAGUCGAGUAUGCUCUUGAAGCAAUAAAGCAAGGAUCAGCAACUGUAGGAAUUGUUUCAAGUACACAUGCUGUCCUGGUUGCUUUAAAGAGAAAUGCUGAAGAACUUAGCAGCUACCAAAAGAAGUUAAUUCGCAUCGAUGAUCAUUUAGGUAUUGCUAUCGCUGGUUUAGCCCCAGAUGCACGUAUAUUAAGCAAUUACAUGAAACAGGAAGCUACGUCCUCAAAAACGCUCUUCAGUCGUCCUAUUCCCGUCCGACGUUUAUUGAAUCGUGUUGCGGAAAAAGCUCAAUUAAACACUCAAGAAUAUGGUAAAAGGCCUUACGGUGUUGGCUUUUUGGUUAUAGGAUAUGACGAAACUGGCCCUCAUUUGUUGGAAUUCCAACCUUCUGGUUUGGUGUUAGAGUAUUUGGGUACCAGCAUGGGUUCUCGUUCCCAAUCCGCUCGUACCUAUUUGGAGCGCAAUUUUAAUACCUUCCCUACUGCUUCUAGAGAGGAGCUUAUUUUAUCUGCAUUAAGAGCUCUUCGCGAUACACUUACCAAAGAACAAGAGUUGACGGAAGACAAUGUUUCCAUUUCCGUUGUAGGCAAGGAUGAAAAGUAUACACUUUAUGACCAAGCCAACACUAAGGAAUGGCUUGAAAAAUUGGGUGAAAGAGGACCAGCAGCUGCUCGUGCCUCUAGAACAACAGCCGAGGAACCUUCCGCUCCUACUGCGGAAGCCAUCCUUGACUCUGCUGAUGCCAUGGAAACUGAGUAAACGACAUGAUUAUAUUGUGUAUGAGUAGAGAUUAAGAGCAGUUUGAGCUAUGACAAAUAUCAUUCAUCAAGUCAUAUAGAGUUUUGUUACCAUUGAAGAUGAUACUACUUUUAAUUCUGAGCCUACCUUUUGAAGUUUGACCUAAGAAAAAUAUGUCCUUGAUUCACUAGGUACAGGUUAUACUUUUUUAAAAGAAACUAUGAAUCCAUUACAGUCUUUUCAUUUAUGAAUUCAGUUGAAUGUAUACAAUAUUUAAAAUCUAAAAAUAGAACUGGUAAAUAUUAAUUUCCAUGUACCAAGAUUCUUUCCUGUUUACAUUUUCGAGAACUUGCUUUUCAUACUUC